CUUGAUGCCAUUGGCGCCACUCCGCUAGUCGCUAAAGCUAAAGUUCGUUUAGUCUUUUAGCGAGUUAUGGUAGAUCUCUAUGAUAAAUGGGAUUAUUGAAUGGUUUGGGUUGAAGUGUGUAAUGAUCCUUGGUACUUCUUCCUUGAGUUUUUGUUCAUUUUCAAAUUAGAAAUUAGUACUAUUAUUAGUCUACACCUACUCAGUCGGAAUCAGACUUCGGGAAUUUUUAUCCAUUGAGUAAUGUUAUGAUUGUGUUCAUAAUGAUUGUUUAGAAAACCAGUUCAAAUACAUAUGAACUCCAACUUUGUUGUGUUAGUAUUUACCCGUGUUAGUAUUUACCCAUAUUUUUAAAAAGAAUUACAAACCAAAGCCUGUCACUCGUACAUAUGGGAAAAAUUUCUUCAUUGGGGAAUGGCAUUAUGGCACCAAUGAAUACACUACCAAAGACUGUACUGUCGUCUCCGAGCCAAAGUGAAGCCCAGGGGUCAUCUUUAAACUCCAACCUCAACAACACGUGUUCAACCGUCCUGAGCAGGCUGAAGUUUGAAGAGGCUAUUGAGAAGAACAUUGUCCAGAUAGAAAAGGAGGCUCACUUAAAGAGGCUGAAGAACUUGAGGAAAGAGCUCGAUUACUUACAGAAUACUGCGUGGAAGUAUCCGUCUAUCGACCAUUACAUCGGACAGUAACAGGAUCGCGACAAUGUGGUCUGCCUUUAGCCGAAUGGGCCAACUGAUCGGGUUGGUCAGUGCUGAACCGCAGGUGGAUGCAGAUGCAAUUGCUGCCGUUCUGGAUGCUGAAGAUGAGACUGAGCCAGAUGAAGUUGAGUUAGAUAUCAAUACUGAUGCGGAGAAAGAUGGAGUAUCAUGCCAACACAGGGUGGGAGUAAUUGCUGAAUUGUUUGACACUCAUGGCUAUAUCAGUAACCCCGAGGACAUCACAAACAAGCUGUACUUCCAGCGUAAAGACGGCCUGGAAGCGUUGAAGGUUGGGGAUCAGGUUGUGUAUCUUGCUUUCAAGACAUCAGAGUUCAGCAAUUGGGUUGUCAAGAGGAUACUGUACAUCGAGAAUGAGUCUUGGGACAAUAAGAAUGCCGAGGAAGAAACAGAUUUGGACAAGACAGUCGUGAAGGAAGAAUGUGAAACUGCGUACAAACACGUAAUAGCCAAGGUGACAGGACGAGAAGGCCGGACUGUUCUGGCGGGGAACCUGCAAUUCUGUAUUGACUCUGUACAUGUUGACUUCCUUCCUGUUGAAGGGGACUGGUUGGUACUACAGUCUCUCGUACAAACAGAGGAAGUUGCGGACACGCUUCUCGUCAUAGAGCGUGUGACACCAUUGCGAUCACAACAGCGUGAUGGCCGGGUGUCACACUGGAAUGGUGACACAGGUCAGGGUAUCAUGGACAGUGAGGUGGUGUUUGGCAAGGAUGCCUGCGAGCCAGGGUAUCUACCCAGAGUUGGUGAUGAGGUGCGAGUCUAUUGUAUAGAGAGUGAGCAAGGUCAGCUUACAUGGAGGGCUCUGAGAGUAGUACCAACUGCUGAGAGGGAAACAGAAAUAUCCCAUGACCCCCAAGCCCUGGCUACACUGCUCCAAGACAAACAAGGCAUCACCAUUUCUGAAGAUACCAACUUUGGCAUUGUUAACAUCGGGAGAGAGUCUCAGAGAACGAUUGAGAUAAAAAACGAGAGCGAAUCACCACAGAAACUAUUGCGGGUGGAGAUGACUUCCACAGAUUCACAAUUUCAUCUUAUCCAGCCUCUAGUCAAUCCGAAAGACAUUUAUCCUCAUGAAUCUGUCCAGUUUGCGUUCAAAGUGAAAGGCAGGUUUGUAGGGCGAUCAACGGAGGUGGUUGUGUUUAAAUUUGAGGAGUUUGACAUCGGCCGACUCUUGGCGGUUGAUGUGCAGAGUGCCACUUUAUCUGCAUCUCUCUCCGAUGUCAGGGGUCGUUCCACCCAACAGCGUAACAGAUAUGAACCCAUCACUGCUCAAAAGCUGCUGGCAACCAGGAAUGGUUUCAUCAUGCCUGGAGUUAAACCUCUGAAACCUGCAAACUUUGUGCCUGUAAGCCUCGGAAUGUUUGUGAUACCCGAGAAACUUGUCAACCUUGCCCUAGGUUCUGAGCCCAGCAAAUUAGAGGAAUUAGUCAUUAGACUGGUGGAUGGCUACAAGUGUCUGGGAGAGCCGUUAACUUUGGCAAACUAUGUUGCGCGCUGGGACUUGCUGAUACAUCUGGAGGAGGUGGAGCAUGCAGUAAACAUUGCACGUUACAACACGCACGCCAGUCUGCGCCGUGUACAAGACUACCUCAGCCUGGAGAUUCUGGGGCUGGCGGAGCGUCGGCCUUCCCUGGUGAUCGGGGAUAAGGUCAUCGCACGACAAGCCUGGAAUGAUGACAAGUCUUGGGCGACUAAUGGAAAAGAAAUAGGAUAUGAGGGUUACAUACACAAGGUGUUAAGUAACGAGAUACUCAUCAAGUUUUCACCCAGUUUCCACGACACGUGUCAUGGUGUGUACUCCAUCUCGUUUGAGGCAAACCGGACCAGUUUCCGACGUCAGCACCAAGCAGUGCACCUGGCCAUCCGUAACUUCUGUGGUGACUGGCUCUUCCCAACACGUAUCUCCUACAAGCCACCUCAGAUUACAAUUGUUGGUGAAGAAGAUCAUAUCAAUUCUGCAUGUUUGCCCAAAAGUGUGAACUCAGUCAAAGAACUAGAUGAAGUAAAAAUUGAUGAUGCAAAAUCAGUUGAAGAGAACUGUGAGGUCAACACAGUUUCUAUUAAACCUGAUUUGUUAGAAAACAGAUUAGAAGAGCAAAACAAUAUUUUAAAUGCUGAAACAACUAAAAGUAUAAUGAAUUUAGAUGAUCCUGUAAUAGCAGAAGUCAAGACUGAUUUGUCCGAUUCUUCCAAAAACAGUGAUGAUAUUUUAAAUAGUGUUGAUAAUAUGGAUAUUAAUAAAAGUAUAGAUACUGUCUUGAAUAAUACAGCACAUAACAUAAAUAAAAAUUCCAAUAAUAAAAGCACAUCAAACGGUCAGCCUAUAGGUAAAAGAGUAAAGACAAAAGUUUCAGACAUGUUCGAAAAAACUGUUCCAAAGAAUGAAAUUCAGCAAAAGGUCUCCCCACCUAGGAUUCCAGUAGUUGCUAGGUUUUUACAAAAUGGGAACAAUCCUUGUGAAAAAAGCCCCAAAGAAGUGAAAAACAUGUUGCAACAGUUGGCAAACCUUUCAACCAAUGACAGAUUACCAAUGAAAAAUCAAGAUAUGAAGACCUUAGAAGAAAUUGAGAAAUCAAUACUUAAUAAUGCUACCAAUAUAUUUGAUGGCAUUAAGCCAUUGCCUGGUAAAAAAGAGGAAAUGGCACCAGAAAAACAAGAAAAUUCAUCAUCUGACUCAAUAAACUUAAACAUCCCCAAUGUUAAUUCAACUGAUAAACAAACUUCUAUCUUGCCGGUUCAAGAAAACCAAUUCAAAUCAUCUUUUAAAUCAGAAAGUAACAAAAAAAUUGUUAAGAAAAAAUCUGGUAAGGCUUCAAAGAAUGAUAUUAAUAAGACAGUGAAAGCUGUGAAGAAAGAAGAUCAAAUUGAGUGGAACUCUAAUAUGGAAUUGAAGAUAGGGAAUGUCAAGGAAGCCGAGGACAAGAUUUCCAGAAGUAAAAGUGAAAGGAUUAUAAAGUGGUUCAAUCCUGCAUUAAACAACUACCAGAAGGAAGCAGUUAGGAACAUUUUGCAAGGGAAAGCAAGACCAUUGCCAUACGUUAUCUUCGGACCCCCUGGUACUGGCAAGACCAUCACUCUUGUAGAGGUCAUUCUGCAGCUCUACUUCCUCAUCCCAGAGAGCAGGCUGCUGAUCGGCACACCCAGCAACUCUGCCGCAGACCUGAUCUGUGAACGGCUGCUGGACUGGGACCUUUUAGCACCUGGGGAUAUGCUGAGGCUUGUGGGAUACCGCUACGCAGAGAUGGGUCGCAUAUCGGAGCGCUUGCGACCGUACUGUGGCAACGCUGAUAUCAAGGCCAGGGACGAUUUCCAGGAGUAUCGGCACUUAGAAAAUGUGGUGAACAUCUCCCGGCAUGCUAUAGGUCGUCAUCGCAUCACAGUGGGCACCUGUAACACCCUGGGUGUCCUCUACCAGUUGGGAUUCCCUCGCGGACACUUCACUCAUGUCCUCGUAGACGAGGCUGGUCAGGCCACCGAGCCGGAGAUAAUGAUACCUCUUGCAUUCUUGCACAGUUCGUAUGGCCAGGCCGUGUUUGCUGGAGAUCCCCUGCAGCUGGGACCUGUGGUGCUAAGCAGAACAGCUGAGCAACUGGGGUUGGGGGAAUCUCUGCUGUCUCGGCUACUACUGCACACCCCCUAUUGCAGAGACUUCACUGGCCACCCCUCCUCAGGCGGUUACAAUCCCCACCUGCUCACAAGACUGGUCUACAACUACCGAUCACUACCUGAGAUACUGCAACUGUCCAACAAUAUGUUCUACGAUGGUGAUCUCCUACCUCAGGUUGAUGAGGAGAAAAGUGAGGAGGCCCGUGUGUUGGUCAGUCUGCGAUCAGUGUUGCCACCACGCCCAGAUAGCUCCCCCCCUGCCCUAGUGUUCCAUGGUGUCAGGGGCACCAACUGUCAGGCAGUGGAUAGCCCCAGUUGGCACAACCCCCAUGAGGCAGUACAGGUCACCAUGUAUCUACAGGCCCUCUAUGCUGCCGGCCUCACACCAGAGCAGUGUGGUAUCAUCACCCCCUAUCAAGCUCAGGCAGUGAAGAUACGUCAGAUGCUGGACACACUGGAGGUGUCUGCACCCAAGGUGGGUUCCGUCGAGGAGUUCCAAGGUCAGGAGCGGAUGGCCAUCAUAGUAUCGACAGUACGCAGCAGUCCACAGUUGAUACAAAAAGACCUGCGACAUACCAUCGGCUUCGUGGCAUCCCCGCGUCGGCUCAAUGUGGCUGUGACACGGGCCCGCGCACUGCUUGUGGUCAUCGGCAACCCACAUCUUCUUGCACGUGACCAUUACUGGCGCACUGUGCUGACAUAUUGUGUACGCAACCAAGCGUACACUGGCUGUGAUCUACCUGAUCUCGGCAUUUAGUCUUUUUAAAUUGUUUCAUUGCAUGGCUGCUUCUGUACAUUAUUAUUUUUCUUACUGUUCUAGUCAAAUUGAAUGCGAUUUGUUCCUACUCGUGUCUGUGAAAGGUCUUUAGUUAGAUACAAAAUCGUCAACUUUCGAUUAAGUUUUACACAGUGCUAAAACCAUUCUGUACAGUUGUAUGUUAAAAUAAAAAUUAGGUUUGUAUUAGGUUUUAUAUAAAACCAUUUUUGUUCACUCACUCCAAAUACUGAAAUAAUUAUAAUAUCAUCAACAAAUUUUAUUAGAUCACAUUUUUCUUUUAAUUAUUAAAAAGAUAUUUUCUUUUUAAAGGAACAUUAUUAAAUCUACAUUUUAAUGGCAACUUAUUUGUCUCUUAUAUGUAUGAACGUUCUCUUCUGAUAACUAUGUAUAUUUACCAUUUAGUUGGUUCAUUAUGUGUUGCAUAGUUUGAAACUAAAAUGAUUAUAAAUAUUUUUAUUUGUUCAUAUAAUUGUGCACAAAACUUGUUUUGUAACUUUUUAACUAUUGUGUAAUGACAUUAAACAAUUAGUUGUGUUUAAGUUAUUGCCAUGCAAUAUUGUCAAUAUAUCGUUAUUAGGCAUUGUAUUGAUAAAAACCAUCGGAUAGUUUGUGUAAAUUACUCCAAAUAAAUACAGAACUUGGUCAUUUAAAUGUAAAUAGAUGUAAAUAUUUAUACAUUAAUUAAUAACAGUAUGAAAAAUGACAGUGAUAUUGAUUUGGCUUUGUAGAAGUAUUUUUACAAUGGUCAAUUUGUCAUGUAAUUUAGUUUUGUUACUUCUGUAAUAAGUGUCCAUCACUGUAUAUUAGAUUAGCUUACUAAUAAUUUUUGACAAAAGAUUCUGUUUUAUUGCAAUGAUCCAAAAUGUAGUAGUUUAAUUACAUUUGAUUUGAGAUCACAGAAUCCAAGCCGGAGUUACUAUCCUUGCGUAGAGUAAGCUGAAGUAGAAUUGGGGGGUCAAGGUCAAGCUUUGAAACAAUUCUGAUUAUCAUUCUUCAUAGUACUAUAAACGUGUUUAUUUUUAUUUUCUAAGCUUAACCUUGAUCUCCCAGUUCUACUUCAGUUUGCUGUAGUAGUUUAUUCUAAAACAAAAUUUAUAUAGCUUAAAACAAAAAUUCAAUACCUCUAAGUUGUUAAACGAUUACAAAUAUAUAUAUAUUACAAUUCAGAAAAUUUCUUCAUGUCCUCACUUAUCGUAAUUCCUAGAUUCAAAAAGAUUUUUCUGAUUGAUUUUAUGUGUUAAAUGUGUGGCUUAUUGAUACACUUGAAGACACAUUGAUAGACUAUUGUAAUUUUUAACUAGGGAUAUCCAAAAAUAAAAACUUUUCAGUCAAAUAUGAAAGUGACGUAUAUUUAUUAUUAUAUUGGUUUACUAUUAUUAUUUUAUACUAAAACUACUAUUCUGUAGUGUUUUAUAAUACUAAUGGGGUUGAAUUUAUUUAGGUGCUAAACUAAAUUCACUUUAAAAUCAUACAUUCAAAGAAAAUAAGUAACGAUCUGAAUUAUCAAUCUGAUGAGGAAUACCUUUCUUCUAUUUACAGACCUGUGAAGGUGGUUGGAUGGACAGCAAGGGACCAUGAUUGACUAUUGUUGUCUGGCUGCCAUAUCAAGUCACUCAGCUACCCCUGAUGUAUAUGUACAGUAAUUCCUUAUGUAUACUUUUUCAAAAUUUAUUUAAAGUGUUUACAUAGUUAUUUUGAUUUAAACAAUCCAUUUCUGCUUUAAAAUACCAAUUGGAUCUAAUGAUGAUGUAUUGACAUUUAUCAGUACAUUAUUAAUAGUAAUACAAUCUCUCGAUUCAGAUUCAAUGUUUUUAUGAAAUACACUUUUAAAAUUUACAGAUUUUCGGUGUAAAGUUAUUUAUUAAUUCUUGUUGUUAUAGUACGUACUUAUACAACUUUCAACUGGAUAACUCAUCUAACAGAUGUAUUUUAUCUUUCUAUUUUUUUGCACUAAAUUAUUAUGUUAUAUGUAAUUUUUUUUGUUUUUUUUUUAUAAAUAAAUUUCAUUACAUAUUUCUUUUAACAUGUGUAAUCAAUCAGAAGUAUUACAUAUUUAUUAUUAAUAACUAUUAUAUUUUGUUUUAUAGUAAAAAUUAGCCCAAUAUGAAUCAGUUUUCCUAAGAUUAAUAUUUCAUGUUGGGAAGAAUGUUAUAAAUUUUCACAUUAAUAAAAAUGAAGAGAAUAAAAAAACUCUAGUUAAUUUUGUUAAAAGAAUUUAAUGCAAGACGUAGGUUAUACCAUUGGUUGAUAAUGAAUUUGAACAGUUUUUAAACAUUUGUCAUUUAUAAUUGUACCAACUUAAGAAAACAGACAUUUUGUUGAUCAAAUGUUGUCUACAAAUAUUUUUUAACUUUUAAUCGAUUCCCUUUCACUAAUGGAACUAUAAGUGCUUGAAUUUCUUAUUUUCCUCUUAAAAUUUAAUAUAAGUUUUAAUAAAUAAACGUUUUAAAAUAAUAUGAUUAAUUCCAAUGUUGUUAGUUAUCUUUUUAACAUUAGUAACAGCAUUUACACUGGCAAGAAAUUGUACAAGUUUUGUAUCCGACAGUAUAAAUUUUUGGUUUAAAUGAGUGUAAGAGAUUCCGCGAGCGGUGUCGGACAAUUGUACCAAAGAAUUGGAGAGUAAUUAAUUUUGGACAUUAAAAUUUGUAACUAUAAACAUUACUGUCAUAUGGAAGACUAACAACUGACGAUACAGCUGUCGCAAGUACUUGCGAUAAUACUCACAGCACGAGUUCUCUUACAAUUUUGCUAGCCAGUGUAAAUGCUGCUCUAGACUCUUAUUUUCCACAAAACUAUAUUUAGUUUUCACUGUUUAACAUUCAUUUACAUACGAGAAUAACAUCAUUAUAAUAUGUGCAAGGUUGUAUAAUAUUAAUGCAUUAUUUCACCAUAGUCCAAGUUGGUCCAAAACUAAUACAAAAGAAUUGUUUAAAACUGUCUUCAUUCUGCAUAAAUGUUGAUAAUAAUAUUGAAACACAUUUCGUCCAAGACAGUAUUGGAAUUUUGGAUGUUUGUGUGACACUUAUUGGUUGAAUUCGAGAUUUGCGUUAAUAUGCCUUGAUGUCAUAUAUAUUUCAAGCUGAUUCCUCUGAACCUAUACACAGUUGGGGGUUCUGUGCUAGUCUGUUUGUUUGCCUUAGAAACACAUAAUUUACAUUUUGGCAUCAUUAUUCAUGCACAGCAAACCAUCAGACACCAAUGUCUUUGAUGAUUUGUUACGUAUUACAAUUUGUUACCUGUAUUUAGUUGAAUAAAAAUUUUGUAAACCCAA